GUAGAGCUAUUGGGGUGAUAUUACCAACGGCCCCGAGAGCUGAGCAUCAGAUGGACUGCAGCCGGUCAAACUAGUGAAUAACCGUCCUUUGGUCAUUGAAAUCGUCACUGAAUUGUUUUUAGAGGACAGAACCAGCGGAGGGAGGUAAACAUGUCGCUUCAUCUUUAUGAAAUGAGCAGUAAACUGUUCGGGGAGACGGUCGGGAAAGUGAACGAGAACCUGACCUCCGUGGUUCUGGCUGCGUCUCUCGUCACUCUCAUUAUCGGAUACGUUUCAAAAGUGCUGCUCAAACAGUCCUCCGACAGUGAGGACAAGAAAUACCCUCCUUUCAUUCCCUCCAGCAUCCCUUUCCUGGGCCAUGCUAUUGCAUUUGGAAAGAGUCCCAUUGAAUUUCUUGAAAAUGCUUAUGAAAAAUACGGCCCUGUGUUCAGCUUCACCAUGGUCGGGAGCACAUUCACCUACCUGCUGGGCAGCGAAGCGGCCACGCUGAUGUUCAACAGCAAGAAUGAUGACCUGAACGCGGAGGACGUCUACUCCAGGCUAACCACUCCAGUGUUUGGCAAAGGAGUCGCCUAUGAUGUCCCGAACCACAUCUUUCUGGAGCAAAAGAAGAUGCUGAAGACGGGCCUGAACAUUGCUCGUUUUAGGGAGCACGUGAAAGUCAUAGAGGCGGAGACCAUAGAGUAUUUCCAGAGAUGGGGCGACAGCGGGGAGAAAAACCUGUUUGAGGCUUUGUCUGAGCUGAUCAUCCUGACAGCCAGCAGCUGCCUCCAUGGGAAGGAGAUCCGCAGCAUGCUGAAUGAGCGAGUAGCCCAGCUCUACGCUGACCUGGACGGAGGAUUCAGUCACGCUGCCUGGCUUCUGCCCGGCUGGCUGCCGCUGCCCAGCUUCAGGAAAAGGGACAGAGCUCACAGAGAGAUCAAGAACAUCUUCUUCAAAGUGAUUCAAAAGCGUCGACAGUCCACAGAGAAAGUGGACGACAUCCUGCAGACCCUCGUCGAUGCCACCUACAAAAAUGGACGACCACUGAAUGAUGACGAGAUCGCGGGGAUGCUGAUUGGCCUCCUUCUGGCGGGUCAGCACACGUCCUCCACCACCAGCGCCUGGAUGGGCUUCUUCAUGGCCAAAGACAGAUCUCUGCAGGAUCGCUGCUACGCCGAGCAGAAGGCUGUGUGUGGAGAGGCCCUGCCUCCGCUCGACUUCGAUCAGCUGAAAGAUCUCAGCCUGUUGGAUCGCUGUUUGAAGGAGACCCUGCGUCUCCGCCCGCCCAUCAUGACCAUGAUGAGGAUGGCUCGCUCUCCACAGACCGCAGCAGGUUACACCAUCCCUGUGGGCCACCAGGUCUGCGUCUCCCCGACUGUCAACCACCGCCUGUACGACACCUGGAACGAGAGGAUGGAGUUUAAUCCUGAUCGCUACCUCAACGACAACCCCGCUGCAGGGGAGAAGUUUGCUUAUGUGCCAUUUGGAGCCGGCCGCCAUCGCUGCAUCGGGGAGAACUUCGCCUACGUCCAGAUCAAAACCAUCUGGUCCACUUUGCUGCGCAUGUACGACUUUGACCUGGUGGAUGGAUAUUUCCCCACGAUCAACUACACCACAAUGAUUCACACGCCCCACAACCCCGUCAUCAGAUACAAGAAGAGGAUACAGUGAUAGACUGAAUGAAAACACUGGAGGGAGCGGUCAGACAUCCUGAGUUUCUGACGUGAGGCUUCCUGGGACUUGAAUUGAGGAAAUUUUAAUAGAAAGCACUUUGCUCUGCCUUGAUGUCCAACCUGUCACUGUUUGUGCUUCUUUCAGCCCUUUCUUUCUGAAUGUUCACAUUACUACAGAAUUUUUUUUUAAACUUGUGUUUGCAGAGAUAAUUACAUAGACUGUAUAACUCUGGCUGAAACAUGAAUGCUAAUAUUCACAGUGUGAAUUCUUCAGGAUAGGAAUGCAGUGCCUUGAUGACCGCAAAACAUUAUUUGGUGCUUCUUCCUUUAUUUAAUCAUUCCCUGGGAUGCUAGAUCAUUAUUUUUUAGUGGAAAACAAAGCAGAGGGUGUGAGAGUACAUCACUGUAGUGUUGUGAUAAUCAGAAAAAUGAGUUCCUGACUGAAAAUUCAUGCGAACAUCCCCCUGCAAUCAGGUAAACAACUCAGAAAGUCAGUACAGAAGUUGGUACAAGACUUGACAACUACAAAGAACUCUUUUUCUGUCCAUCUCUCGUAUGUCAAUGCGCUGCAAGUCCAAAUUCCAGAUUUUAGUUUUUUAGUUUUACUUUUUUUAUUCUGGCAUCGGGAGACCGCCUUUUGUACAUUCAAACUUGUUCAACCUAAAGAAUGGAAAUCAUUCUUUGUUCUCAUGAUAUUUUUUUGAACUGAACUGGUA